UUGAGUGCUAAGUUAAACUCGAUUGUGAAAUUUAUCAUUAGUCGCAAAUCCAAUACACCGAUGUUGAAAAUCUAUGAUAAUUGUGACUUUUGAACGUUGAAGAGAAUAGGACAAACUUCAGUAAAACCGUACCUUAAAAUAUUAGUUAUUCUUGUUAGAAAACUGCGGGUAAAGGAGUACGAGUCUAUCUGAGCUGGAUGGAGUUAAGUGCAAAAAAAGUAGAAUCACUGAGCCAGUGACACAAUGGUGAACUUUGAGUUCACCUUGAAAUUAAGUGUGCAAUUGAAUGACAAUUCGCAAAAUAAGCACUUCUUUUAGUUCAUGAAAGUUGUAUUAGUUUAACUAGGACAGAGGGGAAAAGGCCGAUUUGAUAAAGCUUCUGCUUCUUCUUUCUGGUGCUCAGAUUUGCAAAGCACCGUGUGCCAGCAACUGUCUAUUGAGAUGGUGAAGACGCAUGCUUAGAAACUGGUCGAUAAUUACAAAAAUGAAACUAGAAUGCAUUGCGCUGCGCACAAGUUACAAUUUCGACCGCCUCUGACUGAACGAAUCGCUCCAAGCAUAUCCUACCAGUAGGCUGUGAGCACUGCAUUUUUGCUUUGUUUUACUCCAUAUAUAGAUAUGGAGUAAAACAAAUCAGUAUAUUUAUUUGACAUAUCGUCUCAAGAACAAACGGCUUCGGACAAUCAACUCUUAUAAAUACACGAAAAGUUUCUAAAUCCAAAAAGCAUUUUAGUUCUACUUGUGUAGCGUAUGGCGCCGAAUCUGAACUUAUGUUUGAAAAAGAACAUGCAUUGAUCAAUCUCCAAUGUCGGGAGAAUACCCUACACUGGAAAGGAAAAAAUUAUUUAUAGAAAAUGCUCGACGAAUUUCAAAGAAUCCAUAUAUAAAGUCCUCGAGCAUUUUCUAGUUUAUAGAAAAUCGAAAUUUCCAGUUUAUAGAAAUUUCUCGAAUUUCCAGUUUUCAUGUGAAUUAUUUAUGGAAAUUCGUCUUCGAAUUUCCAGUUUCUGGGAAAUUCGGUGUCGAAUUUCCAUAAAUAAUUCCCCAAAUUAGUAAGCUGAGUAUCACACCAUUUUUCGACAGCAAAGGAAUACGAACAAGCUUCUGCUCCUUAAUUACUCUUUCCAAGGCUCUCUUCGACGAAAAAAAAGAAGCAAGGUGUUUUAUAACAUCGCUCUCGUUCUACUAUGUCUAUUCUUCACUGUUUCUCAAUCGACUCCUCCUCCGCACCUGCUCAUAUGUCCAAAUGAACCAAUCCCAUUCGAUUACACUCCGCCUUUGCCUCCUGUAGAUGGCAAAGCUGUAUCAGAAAAGAUCACAGACAAUGGCAUAUGGUACAAUUGUGAAGCACAACUUAAUGGAAAAGUUAUUUUUAAUAAGAUUCCCGUUCGUUAUUACAUAACGGUUCAAAUGGCAAAUGCCAAUUGCAAACAAGCAACGUUCACGGAAGUUUAUCUGACAGGAAUUGCGGUUGACGUUAUUGGCCCGCAAUUGUUCAAUAUUACCGUGCCAGCCAAUACGGGAAACAAGCCACGUCAACUCAAUAAAUCACAAUCAUUCAAAGGUACAUUGAGCGCUAUGAACGGUCCAUCUCUCUUUCCCACCAAUGCCACACUUGUAUUUGAUCAAACGAAACAUCCCAAAAAUGGCAAAUGUCAACAAGUUAAAAGCGAAACAGUCCUACUUACCAUCUAUGCAGUCUUGACCACUGAAGCAAUCUUACACUAA